AGGGAGAGGAAGAGAGAAAGGCAAGAAGGUAGAGAGAGAAGGUGUGGGUGGGGGCGUAUAAUAUGACAUUCAGAAAGCGGUUUUGGGGAUUUGGUAACGUGGAUUCAGGGCUUUGAGAGCAACACAUGAUAAAGAGAUGAAGGAACGCUGUUGAAGGGGAAGGAGAAGGUGAAGCUCCGGAAGAAGAAGAAGAAGAAGAAGAACCAGAAACCACCAGCGGUUUUUACCAGCUGAGAGAAGGCGGUUUUUCAGGUUUCUGACCCAGAGAAGACAAACCACAAGCGGUUUUGUAACUGACCCAUCAUCUAUAACAGUCGUUUCAGACCACCACCACCACCUCCUUCUCUCUCAUAAUCAACACUUGCUCUCUUUAACGCUUAGCACUUUUUUUUCUUUCUUUUCUUAACUUCUCUUUGAUGGUUCAUAAAUGGGUUAGUGUCCACUGGUGCUGGCUCUGUAUUUGAAGCUCACUGAACCGUCACUUUUGGGAGCUUUGCUUCGUGGGUUUUCAUGGCGCAUGGGAAUAAUAUCAGAGGCGGUCUCGAGCCAGGUUUGGAAAACGAUCAUCUGUUUACGGAGCUAUGGAGGGCAUGUGCUGGUCCUUUGGUUGAUGUUCCUAAGCCUCAUGAGAGAGUUUUCUACUUCCCCCAAGGUCAUAUGGAACAAUUACAAGCCUCUACGAAUCAGGGGCUGGAUCAGAGGAUUCCUUUGUUCAAUCUUCCUUCAAAGAUCCUUUGUCGUGUUGUUCACACCCGGUUACUGGCAGAACAAGAAACAGACGAAGUUUAUGCACAGAUCACUUUACAGCCAGAAGCAGAUCAAACAGAGCCUAAGAGUCCUGAUUCAUGCCCUGAUGAGGCUCCAAAACAAACCGUUCAUUCAUUUUGCAAGAUUUUAACGGCCUCUGAUACAAGCACACAUGGGGGGUUUUCUGUUCUCCGUAAGCAUGCCAAUGAAUGCUUGCCUCCAUUGGAUAUGAGCCAAGCAACCCCAACUCAGGAAUUAGUUGCUAGAGAUCUACAUGGAUAUGAGUGGCGAUUUAAGCAUAUAUUUAGAGGUCAACCCCGGAGACAUUUGCUUACAACAGGAUGGAGUACUUUUGUCACUUCAAAGAGGCUAGUUGCUGGGGAUGCCUUUGUGUUUCUGAGAGGUGAUAAUGGAGAGUUGCGAGUUGGGGUUCGCCGUCUUGCUCGUCAACAGAGCCCCAUGCCUUCAUCUGUCAUAUCAAGCCAGAGCAUGCAUCUAGGAGUGCUUGCUACUGCAUCUCAUGCUGUUACCACCCAGACCCUCUUUGUUGUUUACUACAAGCCAAGGACAAGCCAAUUCAUUAUUAGCUUAAACAAAUACUUGGAAGCUGUUAACUAUGGCUUUGCAGUUGGCAUGCGCUUCAAAAUGAGAUUUGAGGGAGAAGAUUCUCCUGAAAGAAGGUUCACAGGCACCAUAGUUGGAAUUGGAGACAUUUCUCCACAGUGGUCAAAUUCUAAAUGGCGUUCAUUGAAGAUUCAAUGGGAUGAACCUGCAACAAUUCAAAGACCAGAGAGGGUUUCUUCAUGGGAUAUAGAGCCUUUUGUAGCUUCUGCUUCAUUAAACCUUACUCAACCACCAGUAAAGAUCAAGAGGCCCAGACCUCUUGAUCUUCCAGUUGCUGAAAAUACUUCCAGUUCAGUUCCUUCCCCUUUCUGGUAUGCUGGAUCAUCCCCAUCUCAUGAAUUAACCCAGUUAGGUGGUGUGACUGAAGUCCAAAGCAGUGAAAGCCAGGUACUCUGGCCUCCGAAGCCAAAAGAAAUUAAUGGCAAUGUCAUCCACAACAGCAACUGUGGCAGCUCCAUCGGGCGGCCCGAAGGCAUAUGGUCUUCUUCUUCUUCAGUGAACGUCUCUUUAAACCUGUUCCAGGACCUAACAGAAGACAGCAAAACUGUGUCAACACGAUCUAUUCUACCUGGCUUUAACACUUCUUUGUCAUCAAGGCCUAACAAUGGCCUAAUAUCUGAUCAGGUUGAAAAAGGGAAACGAAUUGAAGCUUCUAUUGGCUGCCGGUUGUUUGGGAUUGAUCUGACAAACAACUCUAAGGCCACUGCUCUUCUGGAGAUGUCAUGUCCAAGCAUCACGUCCAGCAGUGUCAAGGGACCCAUUUUAGCUGUUGUUUCUGAAGCUGAUAGGAUCCAGAAUUUGGAUGUGUCGAAAUCCUCAAAUGAGCAAAAACAAGUUGUACCAGAGGCAUCUCAAAAGGAGACACAGGGCAGGCAGAGUUGCACUCCUUCCUCAAGGACACGUACUAAGGUGCAAAUGCAAGGAGUAGCAGUUGGUCGUGCUGUUGACUUGACUGCAUUGGAAGGAUAUGAUGAGCUUAUAAGUGAGCUGGAGAAAAUGUUCGAGAUCAAAGGAGAGCUUUGCCCUCGGAAUAAAUGGGAAGUUGUUUUCACUGAUGAUGAAGGAGAUAUGAUGCUUGUGGGUGAUGAUCCAUGGCAGGAAUUCUGUAAGAUGGUGAGAAAGAUCUUCAUAUAUUCUAGCGAGGAAGUAAAAAAGAUGAGUCCAAGAUGCAAGCUUUCUGCAUCAUCUUUAGAUGGUGAAGGAACAGUUAUAAGCUUGGAUUCAGAGUUAAGAACUGAACCAUAGAAGUUAAGUUCCUUUUUUUGUUUGUGCUUUUUCCUUUUGGGGGUCAUUUUUAAGAGUUGUUUUCCUUUUCUUCUGUUUUUUUUUUUUGUGGUGGGGAGGAGGUGUUUGUGUGUUUGGUCUUGGGGCAUUCAGGUUGGGUUGUUGGCGUUUGCUCAGUUUUUUUGGAGCUUCUUCAGUGACAGCAGUAUAUAGAUUGGCUUCCGAGGCAAGGGGUAGACUUUUUCAUGUUACACUAGGGAACAUUUAGCCGAGCUUAGAAAUGGAAUUUGUGAAUACCUUGUUUGUGGGGGGUGGACAAUCAACCUGUAAAAUAUGCAUAAUAUAUAUAUGUUCUGUGCUUGUUCUAAUGGUAAUCUAGUUGGUUUCUUCCCGA